GAUUUCGAUGAAACUGUCAGUGGGAUGGACUUGCCCUUUCGACUCCGAAACUUACUUGAUGAUCGGCAUAUAAUGGACAGCGCCCCCUUACCGUACCGGUACGUCAAGCAGCUGCCUUCGGCUUCGGUGUCGUGUGAAAAAUGGCGAAUCCUGGGGUAAGCUUCAGCAUUGAGACACAGUGGGAUGGAAGACUGGUAAACCAUCCCACUCCAGUCAGGCUCUCUAUGUCAAAGUCCAAAGAAGAUGACGGGAUAAAUCUAGAAGUUGUGGCACCAUUCUAUAAUGAUCCUGCACCUCCAGGUCCAGCUGGUAAACCUCAGUCUGGACUCUGGGAUUAUGAAGUGGUGGAAGCCUUCUUUCUUGGAUCAGAUGAAACAUAUCUGGAGGUAGAACUUUGCCCGCAUGGUCAGCAUCUUGUAUUACGUCUCCAGGGAGUGAGAAAUAUUAUUGAGGAAGGGCUUCCCCUGGAGUUCUUGGCUACCAUCCAGGAGGACCAGUCUUUGUGGAAGGGGUGCGCUACCAUACCCCUGGAGUACCUACCUCCCGGCUUGAAGGGGUUCAAUGCAUACGCCAUCCAUGGGACGGGGGAGCAGAGGGAGUACCAGGCUCUGUACCCCGCUGAGAGGGGCAAGCAUGAGCACCCUGACUUCCACAGACUAGAAUACUUUACAGAGAUAUCAUGGGAUGGCAUCGUAGACGUAUCGAGACUACCUCUGCCAACAUCUGUUUGGAAGUGACAAGGGCCAUCUUCAAAUUUCUCUUUCCUUGCCAGUGAGGAGACUAGUCUUCCAUUUCAGUUUUUUUUAUACUUGGUAUUGAGGAGACAUUAUUGACAUGUGAAAAAUUUGUUGGCAGUCACCAGUGGCAGACCGUGACCUGGAGGAGACAAUGAUUGGAGGGGCACUGUAUUGUUUGUGAAC